GAAGCUGCGUGAAAUUAGGAUUCUGGCGUUGAAAUGUGGGUCAAAAAAUUAGUUUUAUUGAUUGUUAAGUCUACUGAAGAAUCGAGACAAAUUGUAUGUAAUUAGAAGAGCUAGUAUUUAGUUUUUGGAUCUUAAUGGAGCUCAGAAUCCGUUUUGGAUCAAGAGCUAUAAACAUAUUUGGUUUCAAGCUUCGCUUUGCCGCCAUUAUAUUCAAGAUUUUAUUGAUACCCUUAUGGUUUGGAGCUUCUACCGCCAAAUUUAGGGAGCAACAUCCGCAAUGGGGAGUCCUAGAAAGAGGAAGUAGUGAAAAUAUUGUUUCGCACUCAUGUAUUCAUGACCAGAUAAUUGAGCAGAGGACGCGACCAGGUCGUAACAUUUAUUCGGUUACCCCUCAAGUUUAUGAUCAUUCCCAUAUCUCAAAUCAUCUUCAUCACAAAGGAAGGUCGCUGCUUGAGAUUCCUGAAUUGCUUGGGCAUACAAAUGAUGCUAAGAAACCUAUAAGAAUAUAUUUGAAUUAUGAUGCAGUUGGCCACUCCCAGGAUAGAGAUUGUCAAAAAGUUGGUGACAUUGUGAAGCUUGGGGAGCCUCAUGUGAGUUCUCCUCCUGGAUCACCCUCCUGCAAUCCUCAUGGUGUUCCUCCAAUUUAUGGUGACUGUUGGUAUAAUUGUACCUUUGAUGAUAUAUUUGGGGAGGACAAACGUCAUCGCCUUCGCAAGGCUCUAGGGCAGACAGCUGACUGGUUUGAGAGAGCCUUGGCCAUAGAGCCUGUGAAAGGGAAUUUGAGAUUGAGUGGAUAUUCUGCAUGCGGACAAGAUGGAGGUGUGCAACUUCCACGCAAAUAUAUUGAAGAGGGUGUAGUUGAUGCAGACUUGGUCCUGCUUGUGACUACAAGACCUACCACUGGCAACACUUUGGCAUGGGCAGUAGCAUGUGAACGUGACCAAUGGGGCCGUGCAAUUGCUGGACAUGUGAACAUUGCUCCUCGGCAUUUAACAGCUGAAGCAGAGACUUUACUUUCAGCUACUCUUAUCCACGAGGUUAAGCAUGUUCUUGGCUUUGACCCGCAUGCUUUUGCUCACUUUAGAGAUGAGAGAAAAAGGAGGCGUAGUAAGGUUACUGAACAAAUCAUGGAUGAAAAGCUUGGGAGGAUGGUAACUCGUGUUGUGCUUCCAGGUGUUGUCAUGCACUCACGACAUCAUUAUGGGGCAUUUUCAGAAAAGUUUACGGGCUUAGAGCUAGAAGAUGGGGGAGGACGUGGCACAUCAGGGUCUCAUUGGGAAAAGAGGCUUUUGACGACUGAGAUAAUGACGGGAUCUGUGGAUACAAGAUCAGUAGUUUCAAAAAUGACUUUGGCUUUGUUGGAAGAUAGUGGAUGGUAUCAAUCUAACUAUAGCAUGGCAGAUAGUCUUGAUUGGGGUCGCAAUUUGUUGGAAGAUAGUGGAUGGUAUCAAUCUAACUAUAGCAUGGCAGAUAGUCUUGAUUGGGGUCGCAACCAAGGAACCGAUUUUGUUACUUCUCCUUGCAAUCUCUGGAAGGGGGCUUAUCGUUGCAACACUACCAAUUUUUCGGGUUGUACAUAUAACAGGGAAGCAGAGGGUUACUGCCCUAUUGUAACUUAUAGUGGAGAACUACCUAAAUGGGCUCAGUAUUUUCCUCAGGCUAACAAGGGUGGUCAGUCUUCGCUGGCUGAUUAUUGCACAUACUUUGUGGCUUACUCUGAUGGAUCCUGUACAGAUACUAACAGUGCAAGAGCCCCAGACAGAAUGUUAGGUGAAGUGAGAGGGAGUAACUCCAGGUGA